CGGUGGUGCUGACGUCAAUAUUACGCGCCUUUCAAUGCUAGAGCCAUGUGAAUGUCGCCGGGAUCGAAAUCGUGGAAUAUAAAGUGACGAAAGAAGCACGACCGCUAUGUGGAUCCCGAGUCUUGAAUUCUAGUCUUGCUUUGCUGAAGAUUCUCCCAAAUGGCCAGCAGGUUUUUGAGCCGUUGUGCUCGCCUUUUGGUUGUCUGCCCACAGGCCUCUUCGGCCACCAGUCGCCUUCAUGCUCUCGCAUCUCACCCGUUCACAGAGCAUCCAGCACGAUCCCAGUCCCUAAUCCUACCCUCCGUCAGGCCCCUGAAUCUGAGUGCAGGUCCAGAACAGGCGGAUGAACCGAACAUCACAUUUACACGCACUGAACUGGAUAUUCUUGUCGAGAAGGCCACCACGCCACAGGAUGUGUUGUCGUUGUGGGCGGAACGAGGCGGCUCGGCCAAUCAAGCGGGCAUGUGUCUGGUCCAACUCAGCCGAUUGGCGGUGGAAAAUAAAGAUCUCGACAGGGCGAAUAUCCUUCAGGACCCUCGCUGCGAGGAUCUGAUGGGGUCUUUAAACUCUCAGGUGAAUGUGAUAUGGAAUGGCACACUGGUGUCUGUCUUGCGUGCUCUCUCCAUUCUCGGUGUCCCUUCCAGCACUUCGUUGAUGUCCUCUCUCCAGACAGAGGCACUGUGGAGGCUCCGGCGCUUCAACUACCGCCACCUUUCCUCACUGGCGGACUGGGCGUCAGGCUGGAAGAAUCAGGGACAGGGAGAUGAGCUACAGACGUCUGUGCUAAAGCAGCUGGAGCUGCGCUGGACAGAGGUGAACGACCCGCGCACCGUCACCAUGCUCAUGAGCAGAGCCGCUAGACUCUCACCUCCGCUCAUGGAAAGGCUGGAAGAUAAGGCCCUGGAGUUAGCCGAGAAGUUCAGCACAGAGGACAUCCGCAGAGCGAUGUUAUCCGUGGCGUUGCAGGGCCGCCGAUCAGUGCCACUCCUGCGAGCGCUGUCCUACCACCUGCACCAGAAACCCUCUUCUGAACUCACUACACCUCUGUUGCUGGACAUCGUGUUUGCAUACGGUAAGCUGAAUUUCCACCAGACUCAAGUGUGCCAGAGGUUGGCUGCUGAGCUCCUGCCUCGAUUACCAGAGAUGAGCGCCACUGAAGUCAUGCGCUGUUCAAAGUCUCUAGCCUUCCUGAAGUGGCUCCACGUGCCUCUGUUCGAGGGAUUUGCUCAGCACUUUGUAAAAAACAGUGAAAAGUACAGCAUGUUACAGAUGUGUAACCUCCUCAUGGCCUUCGCCAGGCUUAACUUCCAGCCCAGUAACAAGGAGGAAUUUUACGCAAAGAUUCAUGAGGCUUUGGAAAGCUCCUGGCAGAGCCUGGAACCUUUUGUUUUGACCGAUGUAGUCUGGGCUCUCUGCAUUUUCCAGCAGGCCAAACCCGAGUUUAUUGCCGCUAUCAUCGAUCCUGCGUUUCACAGCAAAGUUACAGGUGGCAGUGGUGCUCGUGCAGAGAACUACACACUGAAGGUGCUUCAUAUUGCAGCCUCAGGACAGCUAGAAUCUGGCAUCCGUGCCACUUUGCCCCUUCCAGCAGUCCAUGAAAAACAGGCCAAGCAGAGCCUGACACCUCUUCAGACCACCCUACACAAAGCCCUCCAGAUCCUCACUGAAAAUCGUACAGAAGCCCUGCGCAAAAACAUCAGCACCGUGUACGGGUGGACUAUAGAUGCGGAAUUGGUGGUGAAUUCUGAGAAUAAGCCCAUAGACCUGAAGAAACUGGAAGCGCCACACUUACCUGGAGGGGGCAGCACAGAGCGUUUACCUCAGGGGGCACGAAGGGUGGCUUUCCUGGCCUGGGAGUUUCCUCAUUUUGCCUCUAGAAGCAAAGACCUACUGGGCCGCUUCGCCAUGCAGAAGCGCCACCUGCAGCUGGCCGGGUUUCUGUUAGUGGAGGUUCCAUACUUUGAGUGGCUAGAGUUGAAGACGGAUUGGCAGCAAGUGUCCUAUCUGAAGGAUAAGAUCGGGAAGGCUGUCGCUGAGGACAUGGCUAAGUGAGCUUAUGGAUUGCAGCGUGUUCACAAACCAAAGCAGAACUUCUGAAACGAACAGCAUGGCAAAUCAGUUUGAGCACCGAGAUGUUUAGAUCCAACUAUAAAAUGAAGACUCAUUAAACAUUACAUUAUUCACCAAUAAUAAACAUACAUGAGCAUGGACCAUCAGGAUCUUCAUGCAGAUACAACACUGAACACUCUUCUUAAUUUAACAAUAAGUUCUAAUUAUGAUGCUAUAAAAUAAUUGAUUAGUAUUUAUGAGUAUCAGAGGCUCCAAGAUACGAUUGGCUUGGGUGGUACAUCUGCAUUUUGUAUACUUCUGUGUGAAAACCUGCUUGAUAUUGAGCUUAUUUUUAAAAUGUAGCUUUGUUUUAUGCUGUGAUCGAAAACAAUCUGCGUUUCAGGUGUAUACAACAUUAUCAAAUUACAGAAUAAUUCCAGUUUGUGUCUUUUAUCCGUGCGCCAUUUUUAAACGUGUAUACGUCCGUAGAACCUGUUCAGCUUCGAGCAUCAGAUAAACAGACUUUUAUACUGUGAAUAAUAACCAGCCAGACAAAACAUCAGUUCUGCGAGUCUUCUAAAAACUGUAAAGGAUGUCUCUUUGGAGAACUCUCCUUCCACUAAUAAUAAACUCCCACUUACCAGUUGUGAUGUGGUUGCCUAGACAACAGGAUGGGGCUUUCCUUGUUGCCAAGGAGACAGUCAUUGAGGCUGCUUUAAAACGGAAUGGGGUUUGCACAGACCUAAGAGUUUGAAACAUUUAAAAACAUCAUUUUUACAUAUGAAAUGUAAGAUUCAGUCAUCUUUGUGAAGUGCUGCAUAUGGACAGAAUAAAAUGUUAUUUAAACUUG